AGCCCACCUUUUGGGUUCAGGGACUAAAUCGGGCCGGUAGUACAUACUAAUCCGGCGGAUCGGAAUGACGUGUUCAACAUUCUUGGUUCAUCGACUACGGAUUGUAUGUCAAUUUGUAUAUCUCCGAGUGCCAAUCGAAUACCAGAUCUGUUACAUUCAUUCGCACCAUGUCGACCGACCCAUAUCAUGAAGUCCAGCGGGAGAUCCAAUCUUCACUCCAGACAGCGUCGUCAUUACGCUCUUCGUUCCUGCGAAUCCGCAGCCUCGCUUGGGAUGGGAGUGAAGAGCUUAUGUUGGCCCGAAACGAAUUGAAAGUUACGCUUGCUACUCUGUACACAGAUUUGGAGGAUUUAGAAGAGAGCGUCAAGAUGGUGGAGGACACGGGUCCUAGAUAUUUCGGACUGGAUGAUGCAGAGGUCUCUGAACGGCGGAAAUAUGUGAGUCACGUACGUCGUGAAAUCGAGGGUAUGAGGGCGGACGUCGAAGGUCGAAAUUUGCCGUCUGGAGGGAAAUCACCGUCCACUCCCCUUCCUCAGUCGCAAUCAUCGUUACCUAGUGGUUCACGGUCUCCGUUGCAAUCAGUACCUGGCUCGCAGUCAGGAGAGCCCGAUGAUGAGCAGGCAAAAUGGGCUCAUGAAGAACAACAAUUAUUGCUUCAGGAGCAAGAUCGUGCCAUAGAUUCAAUAUCAGGAACUUUAAAUACUCUAGCUCAACAAGCAGGCCUGAUGGGACAUGAGAUUAGCGAGCAUGUUGAAAUGCUUGACGAUCUUGAGGCAAAUGUUGACCGGACAGAUUCCAAGCUAUCAAAUGCGAUGCGAAGAAUGAAGAAAUUUGUACGAGACACAGAAGAAACGAAGUCGGGAUGGUGUAUAACUAUCCUUAUAAUUGUGCUGGUUGCUUUGUUGUUGGCGGUCAUUCUCGUGUAAGAGCUGUGGAAUUUCUCCACGAUACCUUAGCAUUAUACAUCUGAUGCCCGCGACAUCCUUGCCCGUAUUGGUGCGACACGAACGCUUGUGCUUAGUACGAAGCCGGCUAAAGGUCCCACCAGUAAGAAGGUAGAUUUUGUGCGGUUUGAAAAAACGUUUCUAGGUAUGUGAAGCCGCCUUCAAGUUUGAAAUAAUCGAGCUGUAAAUUGCCUUUUACACAACGUCCAAUUGGUCGAUGCGUCCGAGUUUCGCGGGCCUAUGGAGACACCCUUUAUCCGUUGUGACACACGCUGAGCAGUCACCGUCCCGGAUGACGGAGAUUCUAUUCUAUGCACGAGAUCACUGAGUCAGGAGUCGUCGUCGUCGUUCUAGC